AAAAUAAAAAGUAACACUUCUUGCGCACUUCUUGUCGCGGAUUGAUGACGUCGUCGAGCCAACUGCUCUUGCACGUUGAGGCGCACGUUUCUGUUUUGAUCCAGGAGCAGGAAUCCUGCGAUGAGGAUCAUGAAGAGACCAAACAUCCUCCUCACAGGGACCCCAGGCGUAGGGAAGACGACACUUGGGAAGGAACUGGCUCAGAGGACCGGACUGACGUACAUCAACAUUGGAGAUCUGGCAAAGGAAGGUCAGCUGUUUGACGGCUUCGAUGAUGAGUACCAGUGCCCCAUUCUGGAUGAAGACAGGGUUGUGGAUGAACUGGAGGACAAGAUGAUGGAAGGAGGCAUGAUUGUAGACUACCACGGCUGUGACUUCUUCCCAGAGCGCUGGUUUCACAUCGUGUUUGUCCUUCGCACGGAUAACACCAACCUCUAUAACCGACUCGAGAGCAGGGGCUACACAGGCAAGAAGCUUCAGGACAACGUUCAGUGUGAGAUCUUCCAGACCAUCUACGAGGAGGCCAUGGAGGCGUACAAAGAGGAGAUCGUGCACCAGCUGCCCAGCAACGACCCCGAUGACCUGGAGAGGAACCUGGAGCAGAUAUCACAGUGGAUCGAGCAGUGGAUGAAGGACAAUAACUGACACAUAAACACUCCUCACCACACACCUAUAUAUAUACACACAUACACACUGAUGGGACACACGCACACCUUCACGCACUAAUACAGAAUUAUCCAAAAGUUUCUCAGAGCUCCAAUUCACCCAAAACGGCUAAAGACAUCAUGCAAGAGGAGGAACAACACUGAGGUGUGCUGAGAUGAAUUGAAACGAAGCAUUCUGUAGUGAGACACAGUUCACUCUUAGGGAGAAAAAUGGCUUUCCAAAGUAUAGCUAAGGGUUCUAGUCUUAGAAAAACACUGUUGUACGGUUCUCCGUAGAAACUUCAAGGCUUCCCUCCUUGAAAGACAUGCUGAAGAACCUAACAGGGUUCUAGAGUGUGUGUGAUCCAUAUAACCAGAAAUACAGUACCACUAGUUUACAGAUAUAUCUACAAAAUAAAUCAAUUCCAGGAAGAAAUUAUGAAGUGUGUAUCCUGCGAUGUUACAAUUAACAGUAUCGGAACGCCGUUCUGAGGAUAUAAAAGAGUGUGCUUUUAGGGUUAGAGAAUGUUUAUAUGACAUUCAGAUGUCAUUUAGAGUUUUUCUUUCUUUUUUAUUAAUAUCUUGCUUUUUAUUUUUCUUUUCAUUUGACCAUUUUUGUUACUUGUGAAAAUGAAGUUUUGUGAAAACUAACACAGUAAAAUGUCUCGGUACCAAUUUCUGGGUGUACAAACUUAUGCACUCAACUGUAUGAUUCUUCCUUUGCAUUUUGAAUUGAAAUGGUGUGACAUUCAUACUUUUUUUUUUAAAAUUCAUCAGUCAUGAAUUAGUUAUGUUUUAUAGCUGCUUUGUGAAUGCAUUCUUUAACCCUUCAGAUAAAGAACCCAUUUAAAAUUAUUUAAUUAAAAUGGAGCCAUACUAAAAAACAUGACAUGAAACUAUAUGUGAUGGGUUCAUUUUCUCUACUGAACACGAUAAAGGACAAAUUUAAUUUUUCAUGCAUCUGCUAUAGCCACACUUUAUUUUUACAGACUCACUGAAUGAAUUCACUCUGUUACAUUACCUCCAUAUUUUAUUUGAACUCAUGCCUGAUUACACACACCUGCUGGUAACACACACCUCCAGGCAUGAGAGGUGGUUUUGUGUAACUUUACUAUGUUCAGAAAUUGUUUUCUGUCUCGGCUUAUCAGAGUCAACAUGACACAUGAAGGGAACAUCCAUUGCUAAGCAGCGAACAGAACGCAAGGGCUUUCUAAGCCAGUUUCUGUUCCAAGAGUCUUGUCCGUCUCUCCAUCGCAUGCCUGCUGUCUUACUGGCAGAAGAGGUGAACCAACAGAAUGGCUCCAUGUUGGCAUUUUGGCUGAGCUCAACUGGAGAUACGUGGGUGGCCUGGUCACCAGAUGUGCACUUGUGGACCCUGACUCCAGGGAUGGCUCCCUGUAUCCCUAAUCCGGGUUUAGAUUCAUCAUCUAAGACUGGCUCUACCAGGAGCAUUACGCUUCCAGAAACAUAGUCCUGACGUACACAAGCCCCUUCACCACAACCAUCUCUCAACCCUCACAUGAUCAACACACGGGUUCAUUUCAAAAUGUUUUCCAAAUCGAAUGUUUCUGGAAAUGAUGUGCAGUUUUGACACGAGAAUUAAACUAGAUUGAUGUA